UGUCAUCCAUUUCUGCUAAGAAGCUAAAAGUGAAAAUCUGGAGAUCUUGCGCCAAAAUUCAGAAAAUCUAAAGAACUUCACAAAUAUUUGCCUUUAUUUUUCUAAAACUGGAAGGGGACAACAGAAAAAUAGCUUGGAAGUUUGAGGUUUUAAGAAAAGUGAUAGAAUUAUAAAGAAAACUCGAGACAUUGUUGUGCGUGAAAUAGAUUGUGUGUGGUGUAUGUAUGUAUAUAAGCAGCGACGACGACGGCCGCGAUACACGGAAACGGAGGAAAAUCAUAUUGAUAGAAAUAAACUUUAAAUUUCACCAAGAAAAAAGUUACUUUUUUGGGGAAAUGUUCAAUAAUUUGUUGCAAAAGUGGCGUUUGUAAGCGAUAAUUUAAGUUUUGAACGUUAUUUUCUUCAGAAAAUGCAGCAAGUGGACGAUCCUCCCUAUUUACAAGUGGGCACGGAAGUAAGUGCCAAAUAUAAGGGCGCCUUUUGUGAGGCCAAAGUUAGCGAAGUUGUGCGCAACAUCAAAGUCAAAGUAGCCUACAAGCAGGGACUGGGCUCUGGUGUGGUUUCUGAUGAUGAUAUAAAGGCAGCCCCAGGCCAGCUCAGGGUGGGGGCUGUUGUUGAAGUCCGCCACCCAGAUCGCAAAGAUUAUGUUGAAGCAACUGUGACCAAAAUCCAGGAUUGCUCUCAGUAUACUGUGGUGUUCGAUGAUGGUGACAUAACAACCUUGAGGCGUACAGCAUUAUGUUUAAAAAGUGGUCGUCAUUUUAAUGAGAGCGAAACUUUGGAUCAGCUGCCACUUACACACCCUGAACAUUUUGGCAAUCCAGUAGUUGGAGGGCGCCGUGGUCGCAGGCGGGGACACAUGAACGAUGACAGUUCAGACGAAGACGACGAAAGCGAUGCUAAAGAGGUUGUCAAUGAAAAAGAAGAACAUAUCGGCAAAGUUGUCUGCGUCGAGACAGAGUCGAAGAAGAAGGAUAAGGAAAAAUGGUUUCCUGGUUUGGUGGUAGCACCUACAGCUCAAGCUACAGUGCGCAUCCGUGUUAAAGAUGAGUAUUUGGUGCGUUCUUUUAAAGACGGACGCUACUAUACAGUGCCUAAAAAAGAAGCCACCGGUUUUACUAGGGAAGCAGCAGCUAAGCAGGAUGGUCCUGCAGUUCAGGCCGCUUUGGAAUAUUUGGAUAGUGAUGUGUUACCACCACAUUGGGAGCGAGAUGCUCUUUUUGCUCUCAGUAAUUCUUCGAGUGACAAUGACGAUGAAAUCGAUUCAGAUUCUUCGGAUGACGAGCCCAGAGAAGAAAAAGACCGUUUUGUAGCCCAACUUUACAAAUAUAUGGAUGAUCGCGGCACUCCCCUUAAUAAAGUUCCAUCGAUACAGAAUAAAGAUGUAGAUUUGUAUCGACUCUUUCGUGCGGUACAAAAAAGAGGUGGUUAUAAUCGAGUAACUUCGCAAAAUCAAUGGAAAUCCAUAGCAUUACGUUUGGGCUUUGCACCCGUCACAGUCAGCAUUACUAAUUUGGUGAAACAAGCAUUUAAAAAAUUUCUCCAACCUUAUGGGGAGUUUAACCGUAAAUUGGGAUGUUCAAUGUUAAUGUCACCGCGCAAUUCCAAUCGCAGUAAAGGUCGCAGUUUAGUAAGAGCAAACUCUGUGGCAUCUCCGAAACCCCAAGAUACCAUUAGGGAAUCAACUAUUGCAAUAAGCAAAUUGGCCACAACAUCAACAUCUAGCGCAUCUUUAGGUGCUGCCUCUACCUCGGCAGCAGCUCUCUCAACAUCUAACACAAAUAUUUCAAUCACCGAAGAAUCGGAGAAUACAAGCGAGUCUAGUAGUCAAGAUAAUACUAACAAGACUAAACGCAAAUCCUCCUUGGGUGGAUCUUCCAUAUCGGCGGCGCCAUCAACAUCUAACGCGAGCGGAAGUGCUGCCCUUGGUGGCAACAAAGUGAGGGGAUUGGUUGAGAAGUAUGAAGAGAAGCAUGCAAAAGAUGAGUGUGAUGUUCCAUUGUCAAAAAUGAAAGCUGCUUCCAAUCUAAAUAAAGAGAAAGAUGAACUGAAGGAAAAAGAGAAAGAAAAGGAAAGAGAAAGAGAAAGAGAGAAAGAAAAAGAGAAGGAAAAAGAAAAAGAAAGGGAGAAAGAUAAAGAGAAGGAAAGAGAAAGGGAAAAGGAAAAGGAGAAAGAAAAAGAUAAGGACAAAGAUAGUGGCAGUUCCAAAGAUUCCUCCGGGCAUGCUACUAGAGAUUCAUCACCUUCGGGAUCUAAUGUUUCUUCGAAAAAGGAUAAAUCACAACGUAAGCAAUCGGCCCAAAGUGACGACAAACGCAGUAAGCGUCGCAAGGAUGAAACUGUUGUGGAAAAAAUCGAUACUGGCGAUUUUGUGGUGGAGACGGGCGAUAAAUUAAAGGUGUACUAUCACGAGAAGAAGGUGACAUAUGAGGCAAAAGUCAUCGAAAUAACACUUCAACGGGGCACCCCCAUGUACUUGGUACAUUAUACGGGGUGGAAUAAUCGCUACGAUGAAUGUGUACCUAGAGAAAGAAUUGCCGAAAAUCUUACCAAGGGUUCAAAGUUUAAAGGACGUGCUUCGGGCAGUAAUGAAAAGGCAAAAGAAAAUCCUCCCAAACCACCAACUGCCUCUUCAUUUGCCAAUACCUCUUCUAGUUCGGGAGCAUCUGGGGGUAGUAGUGGCCCGUCCACAUGUGUACCAUCGGCCAACAAUCAGAGUAUGAGUGCUGCAAAAACCCCAACAAGUGCGGGCAAACGGGGUAGGGGACGUAGCGAUUCUAUGCCUCCGCGUUCGACCACACCAUCGUCGGUGGCAUCAAAUUCUAGCCGAACCAAAUCACCAGCAACCUCUUCUGCUCUGAAAAAACGCCCACAACGUCAAACCCCAGGUGGCAGGAGAACCUCGGCAAAUGUUUCGGAUGUUUCCAUGGCAACUGAAGAGGAUUCCGACACAGAUUCAGACGAACCAGUCAAGAGACCCAGUCGAAAUAUUAAAGAAUCCUUAAAAUCUAGAAAAUCACACAGCAAAUCAAAAAUGUCUGUCUCGGCACCGAACAGUCAAUCGGAAACUGAAGACGAAGACGAUGAAGACGAGGACGAAAUAGAAGUUCCAUCGACUAGUAAAUCUGCCACUCCGAGAAAGGGUAGAGAUUAUGAUUUAUCUCAAAUCCGUUCAGAACUAAAAGGCUUUGACACCAUUAAAUCUUCCAACGAAAUGGAGGAUUCAUCGGAUUUGAAAAGUGAUACAAAGGAUACAUCGAUGACCAAAAUUAAGACAGAAAAGACAGAAUUUGAUUCUAAAUCGUCUUCGUCAAAUUCAGUAAUUUCCUCUGUCAUAAUGAAGGACGAGGUAAAGGCGGAGCCCAAGGAUGAACCCAACAAGAGAUCAUCAACGGAAAUGUCAUCGGAAACGGUGUCAUCUGGUGACGACGAGUCUCAGUCUUCAGACAAGACUACGCAAUUGGAAAACAUGCGCAAAAAAUUCCAACAACUUAUUAAUGCCAAAAAGCAAAAAUCUUUGGAUAAACAGCCGACAUCGUCUUCUUCAAAAGCACCAGCCCAGACAUUUGGCAACACUCGAGUGGUGGAAAAAAUCAUCAAGGAGAGAGAUUCCGAGAAAAAGCAGGAAAACCUUAAAUCCAAAUGCAUAGUCAAAGACGAGGUCAAACCCUCAGUGCAGUCGGUUAAGUUGGAAGGUGAUUUGAAAAAGGAGCAGACACCAGUCAAAGAGGAGGACAAAAAAUCGGUGGUCAUAGUUGCGUCCGAAACUAAAUCGUCUCUAAUACAGCCUACCCGUUUUGGCACGUCUGCCUCCUCUACCACAUCGUCAUCCACUACUUCUACGCCGAAUAAAUAUGCUUCGGUUAUAGUGGAAAAGCCUUUGUCUGCUGUUAAAAAGUUGGAAACAUCAUUUACAAAGAAAUUGGAGACUCCUAAAAAGACUCCUCAAAGCGAGCACCAAAUAACGGCUCAUACAAUAAAAAAGUUCAUAGAACCAAAUGUGCAUAAGGAAAUCCUAAAAGUAGAACCACCAGCAGCGUGUUCACCAUCUUCUACAUCGUCCACAUCCUCUUCAAUAUCGUCGUCAUCAUCAGCCACUUCUUCGUCAUCGGGUUCGCGGUUUUUACCGGACAUGAGUAAACUAGAUAUCAGUGGUACAUCGUCGUCCACUUCUACGUCAUUGUCAUCGCCCUCGACAACAUCGACCUCGUCCACUUCGUAUUCCAGUGCAAUUGCAAAGGAUCAACAAAAAUCUAGUACGAAUGCUAAUAAACCAUCGUCACCAGACAUUUACGAAUUUAGGGAUACAGAGCCAUUUGAAUUUGAGACUCGCAAAUCGCCCAUGGUUUCCGGAAAUGCAUCUUCUUCAUCCUCAACAUCGGUUAUAACAUCUAAUUUGGCGAGCUCUCAGGCAGGUACAGCUAGUUCUGCACCACCGACCGCAAGCAAUGCCUCCGCCAUGGCACAGCGCAUUAAGCCUUCUGCCAAAGCCGAACAAAAUAUGUCUCAAGCUCAAAAUCCAAUGUCUGCAUUAGUUAAUCGAAAGAAGCGAGGUUCCCCCAUGAAAGAGUCCGUAGCGGAUAAAUCGAAACUUUUGAAAUUGGAUGAAAGAGUAAGCAACCCCAGCCCUUUGGUUCAAGACGCCAAGCUGGUACACCAUUCGACACUGGCAGUAGUCUCAACCGUGGUCAAAUCACAAACUAAUCCAACAUUGACCAAAAUGGGACCGGGAUCCGCAACUGUUAUGCACGCACCAGCUAUACCCAAAACUACGCCUCCAGUUAUUACCCCGGCCUCAAGUGCUUCGUCGUUAUUGGCUCCCGUGAUAGCUGCUCAAAAACAUGUCUCCGAAACGACACCAUCGGUAUUCGAUACUUUACGCAAAUCACCCAGUUUUAAUUUGAAUAUUAACGCGCUUAAUGAGGAACUGGCACAAACGGUCCAAGAAACCACAAGAGCUCUGACGGAUGCUUUACAGAGCCCUCAACCCCCAUCUGUUCCCAGUAAUCCAAGUGAGAAUACCACCCCAACUAAAAUUGUUUCCAAUACGACACCUAGUGCCACUUCAAACAUGACCGCCGCCCCGGCUAUUCUGCAGACUCCACCUUCUUCAACAGCUGUACCAGUGUUGCAAACUAUAAAAUCGCCCAAGCUAACCACACCCCCAAGCACAAGUGCGGCGAUAGCUAAGCCCCAAGUUGGAAGUCCUUUCAUAGAAACCCGCAAUGUCUUCGAAUUAUCCUGUGGAGCUGGCUCAAGUGGCAGAGAGAACAAAUUUGAACUUGAGAAUGCGAAAGUUCUUUUAUCUGCUACUGGCGGAGUAUUCGAUUUGGAUGUAUCCAAACUGGAAAGUAAACCCUCUAUUUCUUCCAUAGCUGACAAAGUCUUAAAAGCUAUUUCACAAAAGAAAGAAGAGGAGGAGAAUAAGAAACAUGAGGCAGCAGCCACAUCGAAGGACAAGGAUCAAGCUCAAGAGGAACCGAAUGAAUCGAAAGAUACCCUUGCUGGUACCGCGCCAAGUUUGAGCACUAUGCCCAUUAUCAAAACUUCGCUGGAGACCCUUCCUCAGCCUCUCAAUUUUCCAAGUACUUCUACCACUCUACUCUUGAGCGAACCAUUAAAAAUAAAUACCGACAUGCCAUCGGGACCAUGUUCAGCGCUACCGAGUGGUCCACUUACAAACUUCUUAGCCAAUAGACGUACGCCUUUGACAUCGCCGGAGCCAAAAAUGGGUAUUCUAGAGUCCAUAGGAGGAGCCAAAAAUCAAUUGUCGGAGACUAUUCAGAAAUUAGAGUGUGCCAUACAAAGGCGUACACCAGUUACCAGUCAUCCUGUCACCCCCACCACUCCUUUGUCAACGACAAAUCCCGAAACCUUCUCAGAUGACAGCAAUGACAGUACAGAUUCUGAAAGACGUUUGGUCAUAGAAGAUAUGGUAGAAGAGCCGAUCACUUCCAAUACUACACCCACAGAACAAAAGCCAAGCCCUGUUCUCUUAUCCAACGAAACGGUUAAGGCUUCGGCAGCUGUUGUGCCCAGCACUAGUGGUGCGACACCAUUGAAAUUGGAGUCUACAAUGGUGACAACGAAGAUCGCCUAUGCCACUCAACACGACAUUCCGGCUCCAAUACCCAUUAAAGCCGUGACGGCUAUUACAGCGACCAGACCAACAUUAACUCCGACAAUUGCUUCAAAUCCCGCAAACAUUGUGCAUGUAGUGUCCUCCUCAAGUUUGGGGGGGACCAAACCCCAGCCCUGUUCUAUAGGAACAGUUUUAUAUACAUCAAAUACCCUUAAACCUAUUGUACAAGGUAAUCCACAAGUAACAACCACGUCAACGAUAUCACCAACCAUUCCGAAGAGUGUAGUUGUUAUGCCCACACCGACGAUAAGUGGUGGACAAAAAUCCUCACCUGUAGGAAACGAAAAAAAUCUGGAUAGCACAUUCACAUGUGGUAACCUAUCAAAUGUCAUCUCUACCCCCCAAAAAAGCAAUCAACCCCUAAGAACGCAGAACGUAACCGUGGGAACCACAUCUACAGGAGUUCCCAUAGAUUUGCCGGACAUUCCAGCAUCGGUAGUGGUUGCGUCGACGGCGGUACCAUCUGUAAUGGCUGCCGCUCAGGCUGCUGCGGCUGCCUUGCAGACGUCAAAACAAACGCCUCAAAAGCAAGUUGUGGCGCAGCUACAACAACAACAACAACAGCAGCCAGCACAACAAAAUCUCAGUGGCGGUAUAACCAAGCCAACUCCUCUUAUGCCAGCCUCUACCACAAUUGCAAGCGUGACCAGUCCCAUACAAACCCUUAUCACACCCGUCCAAAGUUCCGGACCAACGGCAUUUGUGGCAACAUCAAAAUCUUUCGAGAACUCUUCAACCAUUAGACCAUUACCACAGAUAAUGAAACCCAUUUUAGCACCGUCCAAUGUGCCCUUGACCCCCAAAGGAGGAGGUGGUUUUCAUUCUUUAACAGCAUCCCUCUCACCCGCCACCAUUCCGGCAUCUACGUCAGGCUUCUAUUUGGACCCUCGUACGGAAUUAAGGCCCGAUGAUGGCCUUAAGCCAUUGGGUGACAUACAAAAACCCAUGGGAUCUUCCACAAAUGUUGUUUCAGCAAGUAGUAGCAACAUCGUUGUAAAGGAGUCAACUGCAGCUCCCAUGGAAAUAUCCUUGAAUAUUGCUGAUGCUCACAACGAUUCGAUAAAUCAAUUGAGAUGUGAGGAAACCAUACCGGGUAGCCCUGCUUCGGUUAUAGCAGGACGGGAAGAUUCGCAAGAACGUACAGCAACAUCGCUAAUACCAGAUCCCAAUGUCAUGGAAAAAGACUUCUCCGUCUUGAACAGCAAUAAAGAAUCUUCAACCGGGGAAAGGGAAAGUUCGGGUGCCUCAGUGUCGGCUUGUGGAGGCGCUGGUACUGGUGGCGUCGGUGGUGUAAACGCUAAUAGUUCGCCUAACGAUUCUGGUAGUCAAGAGGACGAAUCCAGUGAAGACAUCAAAAAAGAUGUUGACAUUGAAAGCGAAGUGUCGCCACGCAAACGGAGGCGUACCCGUAAGCAAACAGAAACUAUUCUCUCGUUGACAGCCGACCAACAGCAGCAGCAGCAACAACAGCAGCAGCAACAACAGCAGCAACAACUUCAGCAACAAACCAAACGUCGUCGAGCAUUGACGAUAAACAAAAAUAAAACAGCUGGUUCUGAUAGCGAUGACAACUCGGAUAAUAUUUCGCAGCGCAGCUCUCAUACUUCCAGGCACUGUUUGCAGCAGCAGUCACAACAAAAUCCAUCGGGUUCAAAACCAUGUCCCUACAAUUUCUUGGUGCAAUUAGAUCCCUCACUCAGUCCUGAUCAAUGUAUAGCGAUUUUAUUGAAACAAAUUCAAGAUUUAAGAAAAACCUAUAAUAUCAUCAAAAGUAAUUUGGCUAGUAUUGAUCGAAGACGCAAGAAGCUGCGUCGACGAGAACGUGAAAAGAAGCAGCUGAUGCAAAAUCAACAACAAAUGAAAGUGGGCUCAUAAACUCAAACAAUGGGAACAAUAAUGGUUGCAAUUUUGUUUUUGUUUUUCUUGUAUUAAUACGACAAAUCGUAGUGUUUAAGAGCAUUUUCCAAAAGUAGCACAUCGUCCCACACAAAUCAGUGAUUACAUAGCAAUGUUCUAAACAUGCAAUUGUAUCUAUCAAUCUACAUACAACAACCACUUUGCAUAUAAAUGAAUAUACAUAUUUUGAUUAAUUGAAAUAUUGCAAUAAACACAAGUGAGAAUUUUCAAAAUUAGAUUUUAGUGUGC